AUGGGCACCGACACAGAUACAGAUCCCGCGAGGAAGCUCGACGCAGCGCAAAAGGUCGACUCGCGCGCUACGGCGGCUCACGAUGGGAGCAUUGACGUCCACGGCAUCGAUGAUGCUGCAAUCAUUCCCAAGGGUGCCCUGGAUCCCGUCUACGAGGCCAAGGCCCGUGUCCUGAAUCGCGCUAUCCAGGAUAUCGGCAUGGGAUGGUACCAAUGGCAGCUCUUCAUCGUCGUCGGAUUCGGUUGGGCAAGUGACAACCUCUGGCCGAUUGUAACGUCUCUCAUCUUCACUCCAAUCACCAACGAAUUCGGCCCGUCACGCCCGCCCUUACUUACGCUGUCUCAAAAUAUCGGCCUCCUGGCUGGCGCCAUGUUUUGGGGCUUCGGCUGCGACCUGUUUGGUAGAAAACUGGCAUUCAAUCUGACCCUCGGUCUUACUGCCUUCUGGGGUAUGAUUGCUGCCGGCGCGCCCAAUUUCGCAGGUAUCGGCAUCUUCGCUGCAUUCUGGUCGUUUGGUGUCGGAGGCAAUCUCCCUGUCGAUUCGGCCAUCUUCAUCGAGUUUCUUCCUGGAACCCAUCAGUACCUGUUGACUGUCCUUUCUAUCGACUGGGCCAUCGCCCAGGUCAUUGCAACACUCAUCGCAUGGCCCCUCCUCGGUAAUCUUACCUGCCAAGAAGGCGCGACUUGUACCAAAGCCAACAACAUGGGUUGGCGAUACUUCUUAAUCACCAUCGGCGGCCUGACUCUGCUUAUGUUCCUGGUUCGAUUCGUCCUCUUUACCAUCUACGAGUCGCCCAAGUAUCUCAUGGGCAAAGGCCGCGACGAAGAUGCAGUCCGAAUCGUUCACGAAGUCGCGAGACGAAACGGGAAGCUCACGUCCUUGUCGGUCGAGGAUCUCAAGGCAUGCGAGCCGGAAGGAUACGUUGCGCGCACUGACGCUGCCACAGCGGUCAAACGAAAUCUGGAGAAGCUUGAUACAAGCCGCAUACGCGUGCUCUUCUCGACUCGCCGUCUAGCUCUGAGCACUGGCACAAUCAUGGCCAUCUGGGCGCUGAUCGGCCUCGGGUACCCUCUCUACAACGCCUUCAUCCCGUAUAUCCAGGCCACGCGAGGAGCAGAACUAGGCGAUGGCAGUACCUACCUGACCUAUCGCAACAGUCUGAUCAUCGCAGUGCUGGGCGUGCCCGGAGCGCUACUCGGUGGCUGGUUGGUUGAGUUGCCAGCGCUGGGGCGCAAAGGCACCCUCGCCAUCAGCACUGUCCUCACCGGUGUAUUCCUCUACUGUUCUACCACGGCUAUGAAUAGCAAUGCGCUGCUGGGCUGGAACUGCGCGUUCAACUUUUGCAGCAACAUCAUGUACGCGGUGCUUUACGGCUUCACCCCAGAGCUCUUCCCCACUCCACAGCGCGGCACCGGCAACGCGCUCACGGCAACCUGCAACCGCAUUUUCGGGAUAAUGGCUCCAAUUGUCGCCAUGUUCGCUAACCUGAAGACGUCGGCUCCUGUUUACACCAGCGGUGCGCUCUUCAUCGCAGCCGGACUUUUGGUGCUUAUAUUACCGUUUGAGUCACGAGGCAAGGCUGCAUUGUAA